AUGGAACGAUCUCCUGCUGUCGCAGAGCUUCAUGCUCCAGGUGUGAGCGGCGCUCAACCUGACAAGAAACAACGGACAGCGAAGAGCGAUACUCCUACUUCCCCCACGGCGAUACCCCCGCAGCCGAUAAACCAAGACUCGGCGGAACCAGAAUCAGCGGACCCAGAUUCAUCGGACCUAGAAGCGACAAUUUCAGUGACAGAGGAGGAUAGCGCUGCUUCAGAGUCGGAAUAUUCAUCCACUGAUGAGGAAGAGAACGAAUCGGACCAGAAAGAUCUGUCAACUCGGACUGUUGUCCCUGUUCCUGAAGGAGACGUGUCCUACGCGGCUUUGUCAUACGUCUGGGGCACGUCCGGAUAUCUCGAAAACGGCUACGACAAGCUACCGGAAAGUCUCCCAAACACGAUCUCGGAUGCCAUAUUGGUAACUCAAAAAUUGAAGCUACGCUAUCUCUGGAUCGACAGAUACUGUAUACGACAAGAGCCUCAGACCAAAAAAGAGGAAGACGAGAAGCACGGACAGAUUGCACGAAUGAAUCACAUUUAUGCCGGAUCAUCGAUGACCAUUAUAGCUGCUGCUGGACAUGGGCCAGACCAUGGGUUACCGGGGGUUAGCACAAGUCGCCGAUCUCCUCCUAUUGUGCGCCUCCCCCACCGUACGCUCUUUGCGACACUUCCAGAUCCAAAACUUCUAGUGGACACUUCAGCAUGGUCCACAAGAAUUUGGACAUUCCAGGAGGGGCUGUUAGCAAGACGACGCCUCGUCUUUACAGACCAACAAGUCUACUUCGAGUGUGGAGAAACAGGAGAUGCCGAAGCAUGGGAGGAAUGCCACGAAGAGGACAUGUUCAGAUACUUCAACCCGAACCAAAACACGCCUCUCUAUCCUUAUUUUUCACUGGGAAACGGAGGCCAUGCAUCGAUCUGGCCAAGAAUAGACGACUAUACCAAGCUUACCUUGGGUGACCCGCAAAAGGAUAUCCUCAACGGCAUUCUCGGUGUUCUGACACAUUACGAAGGAUUAUCCUCCAUGAGACAUAUCGCAGGUCUUCCACUAUUACCAUGGACAUCCUCUGAUAUAUCAUGGGCGGAGGCAUUUGCUAAUGCUUUAUCCUGGGAAUGCGACGACCCGGGAGAGCGGCGUGCCCAGUUGGUCAUGGACCGGAUGGACCUGCAAGGGAUUCGAACGAAAUGGGACGCUCAACCGCAAACCCCCAGACAGGUUCAGAACGUGGAGCAUCUCGAUCGAAAGGCUUGUGGACGAAUCAACUGA